UCUGUGGAUUCUUUGUUCGCGGCAGAGGGUUCUCCUUACUAAACGUUGCAAAAAUGUCCAGUCGGGUACCCAUCGUUUCCCCAGAAGACCUGGAGAGGAUCACUCUGACAAGGACAGGGUUUGGCUUCAUUAUCAAAGCUUUCCACACACCUCGGAAUGCUGAUGUUGUCCUGAAGCUGUUGACUUGCAAGAACGCAACAGACAGAGACUUGAAGGCACUGCUCGAAGAUGUAGCUGGCAUCCGACAUGUUCAUUGUGAAAGGCUCAUGCCUCCCAUUGGCAUCUACCAGUUCCAAGGACUCCUCGGGGUUGUUACUGAAUGGAUGCACAACGGAUCACUCCAUUCCCUCAUCCAUGAGCAUGAACUCUAUCCGGAUUUGCCUCUUCCUCUGUGCGUAAGGAUCCUGACAGAUGUGGCCGAAGGCCUCAGCCAUCUACACAGUUUGGAGCCUCCCAUCCUUCACCACAGCCUGAAACCUUCCAAUGUCCUCCUAGAUCUUGAUUACAGAGCUAAGAUAUCAGAUUACAGCCUCCCAACCUGGAGAAGGCAGCAGUUAAGAUCCGUCCUACAGAACUGCGACAACAGAAGCUGUUGGGAUUUGCUCUACCUGUCCCCUGAAAUUGUCCAGGGAGGCAGUUUCUCACGAGAAGGUGAUAUUUACAGCUUUGGAAUGAUGUGCUGGGAAACCCUAAGCAGACAGAAGCCAUUGGAAGGCAAGAAGACCUUGCUUGAAGCUGUGACUGGCAUCUGCAGGGGAAUGCGCCCUGGUGUUGAACCAGCGUUUAUUUCCAGUGGCCUGCCUCAUCGAAACAAACUGCUGCAGAUGGUUGCUCUGUGCUGGCACCAGGAACCCCAUUACAGGCCGCGUGCUGCAGAUUGCAUGGUGCUGCUACAGGAUGUUCUUGGUAUGUUUAGGAAGGAGACAAUUUCUGAUGCAAUUUACAAUUUGAUUCAUGCCAAGGACUGUGCAACAGAUGCUGCCAAAAGCCCAGCUUCUCAUGGGCUUGAAAUUGAUUUGCGCAACUUGGAGGCAGUCAGUCCCCAGUACAAAACCAGGUCCAUCAAAAAGACUACUUUAGAAGGACAGAGCUUGCCUGGUAUCCACCUUGAAAGUGACACAAACGGGCAAGAAAAAGAAGCAAAGCAGACACUGUUUGCUAGUGACACUCCUCCGAAUACAGCCUUGGAAAAAGAUCCUUCCUUGGUUCCGGUUUCUUGCUGCAGUGCAACGCUCGAACUAAGUUCUGCAGGUCCUCCAGCGUGUGGCAGCAGAGGAUUCGGCCCUCACCAUUCCUUACCCACUCUACUUACAUCAGAUCUGAGUGAGAAAGUCACCUUUCCCUUGCGCAGAAAAUCUGAGGGUUGGCAGCAGCCGCUGCCUGUGCCGGGAGCUGAUCGCAGCCCUUCCCACAGUAACUUUCCCUAUGCGUGGCCCGGAUGCCCAUUCCCAGAUCCAUGCUAUAAAGGAAACUGCUGCGCCAUCCUAGCCUGUGGGCGAGAAUCCAUCUUGAGCUUUAUGACGGAAGGGCGCCUGAACCAUAUCUUGGACGUCCUGCGCUCUCAGCAGAUCUUAUCCCGAAUGGACUAUGAAACAAUCACUUCGUUCCCCACUGUGACCAGCCGGUCGCGUGCUUUGCUGGACACUUGCCUCGGCCUUGGGGAGAAAGCCGCCCAAACUGUUGUGGCUAUUCUGUCCGCCAGCAAGUGCAGCCCUUUGGCAAGAGGCCUCUGGACCAAGACGGUGAAUUGAAUGGCUUUUAGCGCAGCAUGUUGUUCACAAAUGUCUCCGGAAGCGGUAACUUUGUGCUGGCACGGGUUCAUGUGUCUUUGUGACCUGCUGCACGGAUGAGAGUCUCGCACACUUCCGCUCAGUGACUUUAACCAAAGGAGAAUUGGAUUAAGAGAUCAAGUCACCCGCUGCCUGCACUCGUAACUAUCAGAGUCCUUUUUAAAAUAAUGAUGGAUCUUUGAGAUGUUGGAAUUAGAGCACAGCUGAAGUCUAGUCUUGGCUUUUAGCUUCCAACUUGGAGAGAAUGCAUUUUGGUGCUCUAGUUUUACAUACUGGGAGAGAGGAGAUUGUCAAGACUUAGCAAAUGAAGGGGAAAAGGCACCUAAGGCCAGGGUUGCCCUGUGGAGCGGUAACAAAGGACGCCUGCUGGGGUAAGCAAACUGUAAGGGCAAACGCAAGCCAGCCAUCACACCGGCAGGGCAUCCUGGUUCAAAUGAACUUUUGUUAAUUGUGGAGUUUCAAGGGGACUUUUGAGUAAUUACUGAGGUACUUGGUAGGGUGUCAUGAACAGCCUAUUACUUUCUGCACUUGUAAUUGAGGAUAGUGAAUUCUCAGAGAGGCUCUACUCUGCUGUAAUGGGCAUGUGAUGUCCAUCUGACGGAUAAAAUAGUGCUAAAUGUUUCUAAUGCGUCUGAUAGCAUUUAACGGGAGCAAUUAACAGCGGCAGCCCAGAGAAAAAUCUGAAGUCACAAGGGGAGGAUUGGUUGCUGAAACUAAGCAGGCAAGAGACCACUUGGGAGGCACGUGUGCUGCCUUGAACUCUUGGGAGGAAGGCAGGGUGUAAAACUAUAAUCAAUAUGUAUUGGGAUUUGUCUUCAAACCCUUAAAGAAAAAAGCCCUUGUUCUUCCUCCCUUCAACUUUCCCUGUGAAAUGCAUCAGUCUCUGCCAGGGAUGGCUCUCCAGAAUUGAGAGUUAGCAAGGGAUAUAAGUAACUUAAAAUUUCUUACCAGUACCAUAUGUUUUUUGAGAGACCUUGAACCAGAAGAUGGGAGACACCACUUUGGCUGUUUUAUUACUAGUAUACAUGUACUGGCCUGAGCCAGACUUCUUUCAUCCAUGCACACAGCACAAAACUCUGGAUAGAGGGACUGUGGCUCAGUGACAGAGCAUCUGCUUGGCAGGCAGAAAAUCCCAGGUUCAAUU